AUGGAGCCUGUAAAAGUACUGUAUGCUAGUUUUCAAAUGUUCUCUAAGGUUUCUGGGCUGGAAGCAAAUAUGGAGAAAAGCAGUGUAUAUUUUGGGGGAGUGAAUCAGACAUUGCAACUUGAUAUAUUGGACCAGCUAGGUUUCUUAAAAGGUGAGCUGCCUAUAAGAUACCUAGGGGUCCCCCUCAGUACAAAGAGGCUAUCAAUAACUCAGUGUAAGCCACUAAUUGACAAGAUCAUUGGCAGGAUUACUAGCUGGACCUCAAAGUUUUUGUCUUACGCAGGGAGAUUACAACUUAUCAAAAGUGUGGUUUUCUCAAUACAAACUUUCUGGUCUCAAAUUUUUACAUUACCUAAGAAGUUGAUACAAAUGAUUGAGAGUGUGUGCAAACGGUUCCUCCGGACAGGAGGUGUUGAUGUGUCACACAGGGCACUUAUUGCUUGGGAUAGAAUUUGUAUGCCAAAGGUAGCAGGGGGAAUGAACAUUAUGGAUAUCCAAUUGUGGAACAAGGCAGCUGUGUGCAAAUUGUUGUGGAAUAUAUGCAAUAAGAAGGACAAACUAUGGGUAAAAUGGAUACAUUGUUACUAUGGAAGGAGAGCUAGCAUGUGGAAGAGCAAACCAAUGCAGGCUUCUUGGAUUGUUCAGAAAAUACUAAAGGCUGCUGAAUAUCUGGAAAAAGUGGGGAUUCAAGAAGAAGAAUUUAGUCAGAUGCAAAGCUUCACCAUACAAAAGAUGUAUAAGAAGUUCCAGGGUGAGUAUCCUAAAUGCUCAUGGAAAAGGUUAAUUUGUAAUAACUAUGGAGCUCCGAGAUGGUUAUUCAUACUAUAUUUAAACUUACAUGGGAGGCUGUUAACAAGAGAUAGAAUAGCAAAGUGGAGUCAAAUUGAUGAUCUAUCAUGUCCAAUGUGUGCAAGAGAACCUGAGAGUGCAGAACAUCUAUUCUUUAAGUGUGAAGCAACAUCACAAAUCUGGGAAAGCUUAUUGGAAUGGCAAGGAGUCCAAAGAAAAGCAAAAGGGUGGAAUGAAGAAGUUCAAUGGGCAGAGAUGCAUGCAAAGGGGAAAUCUGCAAAUUCAAAUGUGUACAAAAUCUGUUUGGCAGCAUGCGUAUAUCACAUAUGGAAUGAGAGGAACUUGAGGAUCUUUCAAGGAAAAGCUAGACAAGCAAAGGUCAUCAUACGGGCAAUAGCACAGGAAAUUCAUAGUUUUGGUAGUAAAUACAAGAAGUUAGACAACAAGCUACAGGAGAUGAAAGAGUAUCCUAAAUUUAGAUGA